CCGGAGUGGUGGUUGAUAUUCUCCUGCUGGCCGCCUCACCAACCGUAAGAAUGAUUUCUCCGAUCCUCUGAAGAUUGAAAGCAAAUACAUCCGAUCGGUGUAAAAAUCCAAUUUUGAAGUCAUUCGCACAGGAGCCAUCCCACGAACCAAGCACUAUGUCCCCUCUCGCAUUAAAGAAAGAAUUUGGAAGGAAAGAGAAGCGAAAAGAAAGCUUGCUCUUCCUCCCCGUCUCCCACGGCCCCUCAUCUCUCCUUCCUCCGAUUUCUUUAAUCGCGUAUUUGAUACUGGAAAGCUCUAUGUGGUCCCUUUUGCCCUUUUCUCUUUUUGCUAUGCAGUGUGGGAAAGAAUUAGGAAGACGAAGGGUCCAGAGGUUCUUUGAAAAUGGAGAAGGAAUUGGAUUACUACGAGGUCCUUGGAGUCGGCCUUUCUGCGAGCGAGGAGGAGAUUCGUAAGGCUUAUUAUCUUAAGGCUAGAUUAGUUCAUCCUGAUAAAAACCCAAAUGAUCCACAAGCUGCUGAGAGAUUUCAGGUGCUCGGGGAAGCUUAUCAGGUCUUAUGUGAUCCAGUACAGAGAAGGGCUUAUGAUGGCCAUGGAAAAACUUCUAUUUCUAUGGAACGCAUGUUGGACUCUACUUCUGUUUUUACCCUUCUUUUUGGAAGUGAAGCUUUUGAGGAUUAUAUUGGGCUUCUUGCUGUGGCAUCAAUGGCUUCCAUAGAGCUUAAUAAUGAACAUGACCAUGGCGAGAAACUUCAAGAAAGGUUGAAGGCUUUGCAGAUGGAAAGGGAAGAUAAUCUUGCUCAAUUUCUGAGAAAUUUUCUUAAUCAAUAUGCAUCUGGUGACAAAGAGGGAUUUUCCAAACGCGCAAAAGCUGAAGCAAUGCGGCUAUCAAGCACAGCUCUUGGUGCUGAUAUCUUACGCACUAUCGGCUACGUGUAUUCAAGACAGGCUGCGAAAGAGCUAGGAAAGAAGGUUAUCUAUCUGGGGGUUCCUUUUUUGGCUGAGUGGGUAAGAACUAAGGGACACACAUGGAGAUCACAGAUCACUGCAGCGAAAGGUGCUUUGCAAUUAUUGCAACUGCAACAAGAUGUCUGCAGGCAAUCUAAUGGAGAUGGCUGUGCUACAGAAAAAGAUGUCGAGCUAAAUACGGGGGUGAACAGGGACUUGAUGAACACUCUGUGGAAAAUAAAUGUUGUUGACAUUGAAUUAACUCUUUCACAUGUAUGCCAAAUGGUUUUGCUAGAAAACAAUGUAAAAAAGGAGGAGCUAAAGGCUCGAGCAGUUGCUCUGAAAGUUCUUGGAAAGCUUUUUAAGAGAGAAAAGAAUACUUUACCUGUCGGUGACACAUACAAAGCAGAAAAUGGUUUAGAUGAUGAUGAUGAUGGUAGCAGCUCCAAUGAUAGUUCUGAUGAGCGACUACCUCGGCCUCUUUCAUAUAGAACUCCAUUUAUCACUCAGGGCAUUGGCCGGCUCUUUAGAUGUCUCUGCAAUCCAGCAUAUGAUGUUGAUGAUGAUGAGCCUCAUAAUAAAUGAUAAAAAAGAAAAGAGCUGUUUGUGAGAACAUUUGAUGGCUUCCUCUUUAUGUUAUUUUUUUAAUUAAAAUUAUAUUAUAAUUUGCCACUAUGUA